UCUUUUCUUUUCCGAAGCCAGAGAGAUUAUUCUUGUCGUUUCGGAGAUUUCGUUUCUCUUCUUGGAUUCGACUCUUGCGACUCAGAUCAGAUGGCGAACCAGGGGGAGGCUUCUUCUUCAGAUCCAAAAUUGGUGAAGAAGGAUUUCAGCACCGCGAUUCUGGAGAGGAAGAAAUCUCCGAACCGUUUGGUUGUGGAUGAGGCUAUCAAUGAUGAUAACUCAGUUGUUUCGAUGCACCCUGAGACCAUGGAGAAGCUGCAGCUCUUCAGAGGUGAUACUAUCCUGUUGAAGGGAAAGAAAAGGAAAGAUACAAUUUGCAUUGCCCUUGCUGAUGACUCAUGUGAAGAACCUAAGAUUAGGAUGAACAAAGUUGUGAGAUCAAAUCUUAGAGUGAGACUUGGUGAUGUUGUCUCGGUACACCAGUGCCAGGAUGUCAAAUAUGGAAAGCGUGUGCACAUCCUUCCAAUUGAUGAUACCAUCGAAGGCGUUACGGGCAAUCUGUUUGAUGCAUAUCUGAAACCAUAUUUCUUGGAGGCUUAUCGUCCUGUAAGGAAAGGAGACCUUUUUCUUGUUAGAGGUGGCAUGAGAAGUGUAGAGUUCAAAAUCAUAGAGACCGACCCACCUGAGUACUGUGUAGUUGCUCCUGAUACUGAGAUAUACUGUGAGGGUGAGCCUGUUAAAAGGGAAGAUGAAAAUAGGCUGGACGAAGUGGGCUAUGAUGAUGUUGGCGGUGUUAGAAAACAGAUGGCUCAAAUCAGAGAACUAGUAGAACUUCCUCUUAGACAUCCUCAACUCUUCAAAUCUAUUGGUGUCAAACCACCAAAAGGCAUCUUGCUCUAUGGACCUCCAGGUUCUGGCAAGACAUUAAUAGCCAGAGCCGUCGCAAAUGAGACCGGGGCCUUCUUCUUUUGCAUUAAUGGCCCUGAGAUAAUGUCAAAACUAGCUGGAGAGAGUGAGAGCAAUCUCAGAAAGGCUUUUGAAGAAGCGGAGAAGAAUGCUCCGUCUAUUAUAUUUAUUGAUGAAAUAGAUUCAAUCGCUCCCAAGAGGGAAAAAACUCACGGUGAAGUUGAGAGGCGGAUUGUUUCACAGCUUCUGACGUUAAUGGAUGGCCUUAAAUCUCGAGCACACGUAAUUGUUAUUGGAGCUACAAAUAGGCCAAACAGCAUUGAUCCUGCACUUAGAAGAUUUGGUAGGUUCGACAGGGAAAUUGACAUUGGAGUGCCUGAUGAAGUUGGACGCCUUGAAGUCCUUCGGAUUCACACAAAGAAUAUGAAGCUGUCCGAAGAUGUUGAUCUUGAAAGGAUUGCCAAAGAUACUCAUGGAUAUGUUGGGGCUGAUCUCGCCGCACUUUGUACUGAAGCUGCUUUGCAAUGUAUCCGGGAGAAAAUGGACGUUAUUGAUUUGGAAGAUGAAUCAAUAGACGCUGAGGUGCUUAACUCUAUGGCUGUCACAAAUGAGCACUUCAAAACAGCUCUUGGAUCUAGCAAUCCAUCUGCACUCCGGGAAACAGUGGUUGAAGUUCCUAAUGUCAGCUGGGAUGAUAUCGGUGGGCUGGAGAAUGUCAAGAGGGAGCUGCAAGAGACUGUACAGUAUCCCGUUGAACACCCCGAGAAAUUUGAGAAAUUUGGGAUGUCCCCUUCAAAAGGAGUGUUGUUCUAUGGUCCUCCAGGUUGCGGUAAAACUCUGCUUGCAAAGGCAAUUGCUAAUGAAUGCCAAGCCAACUUCAUCAGCGUCAAAGGUCCUGAGCUCCUAACCAUGUGGUUUGGUGAGAGCGAGGCCAAUGUCAGAGAGAUCUUUGAUAAGGCCCGGCAAUCCGCACCUUGCGUUCUUUUCUUUGACGAGCUCGACUCAAUUGCUACUCAGAGAGGUAGCAGUGUUGGUGAUGCCGGAGGUGCUGCAGAUAGAGUUCUCAAUCAGCUUUUGACAGAGAUGGAUGGAAUGUCUGCGAAGAAAACCGUCUUCAUUAUUGGUGCUACCAACAGACCUGACAUCAUAGAUCCCGCAUUGCUCAGGCCAGGCCGUCUUGAUCAGUUAAUUUAUAUUCCACUUCCAGAUGAUGCUUCUCGUCACCAGAUUUUUAAAGCUUGUCUAAGGAAGUCCCCUGUAUCCAAAGAUGUUGACAUAUGGGCCCUUGCUAAGUAUACCCAGGGCUUCAGUGGUGCAGAUAUUACCGAGAUUUGCCAGCGUGCUUGUAAAUAUGCCAUCAGGGAAAAUAUUGAGAAGGACAUCGAGAGGGAGAGGAGGGGCAGAGAGAACCCAGAAGCCAUGGAAGAAGACGAAGGCGACGAAGUGGCUGAGAUCAAAGCCGCCCACUUCGAAGAAUCAAUGAAAUAUGCUCGCCGGAGUGUGAGUGAUGCCGACAUUCGCAAGUACCAAGCAUUCGCACAGACUCUGCAGCAGUCGAGGGGUUUCGGGAGCGAGUUUCGCUUUGCAGAGCGAUCUGAUGCUGCAGCUGCUGCGGGAUCUGACCCAUUCGCGGCUUCCGGUGCAGCUGCAGAUGACGAUGACUUAUACAACUAAAUAUAUUUUGCUUUUGCAUAUCUGCUCUGCAUGGGCUUGAGAUUUUCUUCUUCACAGGUACUUCGUUUGUUUCAUCCCUCCAAAGAAGAAUGCAGUGUUGGAAGUGGGAACUUUUACUUCAUAUUUACUCCUUCAGCUGCCGACUUAUUUAUUAUCCUUGUUAUAUGAUGUAACAUUCACCUUUCAUACCAUUAUUUCUUUGUGAUUGUUAUCAUAGCUCCAAAGAUUAAAAUUUAGCUCAUAUCAUCCUAUUAGUAUCA